UCAGCAGAGGAAGUGUGCAGCCCUUUAGCAACUGCAACCCUGUAGCCUGCUUGUUAACAUGGGCUGUGCCUGUGCUCCCUUUCGAGCCCAUGUGGCCCUCUCAGCCUGGAGCAGCAGCAGCUGAUGACCCAGUGCCUGGUGGCUCUCUGCUACCGAAUCCCAGGAGAGGCCAUGCUCUGCGUCUGAAGGCUUCCUGUACCUUCCGCAGCCCCAAGAGACACAGAGAUGGGAAACAACAUGAAAUCCACUCCUCCGCCUUUGGAGAGGCCAAUACCCAGCACCGAGGGACUUGAGAGCGACUUCCUGGCUGUGCUGAAUGACUACCCGUCUCCUGACAUCAGCCCCCCGAUAUUCCGGAGAGGGGAGAAACUGCGCGUUAUCUCUGACGAAGGAGGCUGGUGGAAAGCCAUUUCUCUCAGCACUGGCCGGGAAAGUUACAUUCCAGGAAUGUGCGUGGCCAGAGUGUAUCAUGGCUGGCUGUUUGAAGGACUGGGCAGAGACAAGGCCGAGGAGCUGCUGCAAUUACCAGACACGAAGAUCGGCUCCUUCAUGAUCCGAGAGAGCGAAACUAAGAAAGGUCUCUACUCGCUGUCGGUAAGACACAGGCAGGUCAAGCAUUACCGCAUAUUCCGCCUGCCCAACAACUGGUACUACAUCUCACCAAGACUCACCUUCCAGUGCCUGGAGGAUCUGGUGACCCAUUAUUCCGAGGUGGCUGACGGUCUAUGCUGUGUGCUCACCACACCCUGUCUGGCACAGAACACACCUGCUUCAACAGCUCAUCAACCACCUUGUACCACCGCUGCUGGUUCAUCUGUCACCUUUCGCCAGAAAACCUUUGACUGGAGGAGGGCAUCCAGACUGCAGGAUGAUCCAGCGGGGGCAGAGAACCCACUCACGGUGGAUGAGUCCCUUUUCAGCUAUGGUCUCCGGGAAAGCAUUGCGUCCUACCUGUCCCUGACAGGGGAUGACACCAGCUCCUUUGACCGGAAGAAGAAGAGUCUCUCCUUAGUGUACAGCGGCAGCAAACGCAAGAGCUCCUUCUUUGCAGCGCCCCAGUACUUUGAAGAUUAGUACUCUGGCUGGUACUCAAAGGCAAAAGUUUUUGACUGCCAACUUGGGGUCUUGUGGAAGCCAGAGCUCUCUACUCUCUGGUCAUCUCGUGUCUCCGAGGGACCAAGAGAAGUCACACAGAGACUGUCUUUACAUGGAGAGCAGCAGAACUCCUCCCUGGUGUGUGAGGAGUGUUGCACAGCCACAUCAUGCUUGAAUCAUGAUGUAAUGGGGCAGUGCUUCGAAGAACUGUGUGUAUGAGUGUGUGUGUGUGUGUGUGUGUGUGUGUGUGUAUGUGUCAGAACACUCUUUAAAGAGUGUGUGGAGACUGACUCAAGCUCACAGUCCAAACCACCCCUUCUCUGAGACCCUGUGGAUAGCAUCUAUCUGAGAAAGAACACGAGGAAGAUGGUUUCUUGGGGUUGAACAAUAACCUCUACCUGGAGCAGAGCAAUCCCUAAAGGCCCAGUGAGAACUUUGGGCUAUGUCUCCUGUCUUUCUCAGAGGGACCUGUGACACUAAACACUAUCAGGAAGGACUUACAACUCUGAUCCAAGCCACACCUUCUGCGUUCAGGUGUACCAGAGCCACAUGGGCAGUAGAUAGAUGGCCAUGCCAUGUCACAGAGAGUGACAGUGAAGGGGCGAUCAAGAGAGGCAGGGGGCAGCUACACCGCACAAACUUUUGAGACAAGAGUCUUGCCUCCUCCAGCUACAGGGGGCCUGUGUUGUUGUAGAACUUCCACCCCUCAUGACCAUUGGCAGAGGCCACUGUGCCGAGGUCAAAUGGGAACAAAAGAGGCAGGAAUAGCAUCCCUGAGUGCUGGCCUCCCAGCAGUGGCAGAGAGACAAGCAGAACAGCAGAAUGUAACAGUGACUGUGGGCUCACAGUUGCAAUGGGGUGGGGACAAGUGAGGGUUACCCAAGGGGCUCUGUCCCCAUGGAUCUGCCAGGAAUGCAAAGGCUCUUGGACCAAGUAGGCUGGGUGUAGUUAGAUUUCUUUCAAAGGAGACUGGUGGGCUUUAAGUGAUUAAUUUAUUCUGUGUAUUUUACUCCAGGAAGGGCUGGUGUCUAAAUGAAUAAGUAUGCCUCUGUCUGGGAAAGGGGGGCUGGAGAAGUUGAAUGCUGCCAUAUAUGAUUGUGAGUGGUGAGAGAAAACUCACAGGGCACUCACACGCCGGUCUCAUGUUUAUAUCUUGCCUGGGUGGGAGGCAGAAUGGCUGUGGCUUAUUCCUCCCUGUUUAUCAAAGGGAUUCUCAGGAAGAGGAAUACGGGGUGGGGGGGGAUUUGUCAGCCAUCAUGUGCAUUCCAUAUACCUGGGCUCAUCCUGCAAAUGGCAAAAUCAUGUACAUUGACAUGACUUCACUUAUUGUCAUAUCUAGUGUUCCACACCAGGAGGCAUGUGUGGUCUCCUAGGUGUCCCUCAAAGACUCUCUCAAGGAGACUGGCCAGUGUGCGAGAAAGAAAUGUCACACAAAUUCAGUGACUUCUGCUUGAGGUCAUGUUCUCUGCCUCCUGAAAUGUCUGCUCACUGUUUCCUAUGCUGUUUUCUGUUGUGGCCAACGUGAAUGGUACUUUAGGUAGCCCUUGGGGGUUAUUUCUAAGUGGGAAGCAUUACACUUUGCCCAAUCAUGUAUUUAUUCCCGAUUAAAGUAAAGCAUACUUAUUUAAUUUUGGAUUAAGGA